CUCCCAGAUACAAACUUCUUUUGAUCGUCCAGCGAUGCAAAUGCUAUGCGACAACUUCGCCAGUUCUUUCGAGCUGCGAUAGUGUAGUUCUUGAUCUUUCCUACCCUAUUCCCACGCGUCAUAAUCACACACCACAAUGGCAUCCAAAACGUCCACCGUUGGCUCCUCGGCGUGGAUCUCUGCUGAGAAGGAAAAUGCAUUGCACCUGCUACAGACCGAAAAAGAGGAGCUCGUCUUCCCGGCGCAACAUCAACUGGAAUGGCUGAAUGAGCAUGUCUCCGAGAUUUUCAAAGGCCGUCAGGUUGAUGUCGUCAAUGUCUUCAAAACACCGGGCAAGCUGAAGGGCAAGACUCCUCGUACUGCGAGGAAGCGCAACGUUCCAGACGCCCGCAUUCCGCUCAGCGAUGUUUUCUCCUCGAAGCCAAUAGCCCGACCCAGUCCACCCAAGAACCCAUCCAAUUACAGACCUCAUUUUGAAAUCGCGACAGAUCCUGUCGAGUCUGCAGCCAUAAAAUCACAGACAGACUCAGGCUACCAUGGCUCUAGCCAGGAAAACACUAUGUUUGACAACAAACAACAUACGCCUCCGCUAGUAGGAGGAUAUGGUGCCAAACAGCCAGAAGGCCCGGAUGAGCUUAUGGACGUCCAGCUGGAAGAUACCACAAAUGCAGAGCACAGAACGACUGAGGGUUCUUUCCACUCCGCAAAGGAAGACCAGACCAUUAAAAUGACGGCAACUGAAGCUAUGAAACAAGACGAAAGCUUGAAAGUUACAGCCAUGCAGGUCGAUGACGGUGGCCAUAAAAUGCCGCAUGAGCAGCAACAAGCUGAUCCUGACCACGACUUUGAUGAAUUGGGAUCUCCUUCGGACGAAUCGACACCGGAUAGACCCUUGGUAAGGAAGAGCAGCUUGACUUUCGCGGCACUACCCGCUCGAGAACCUAUGAAGACUAGCAUUGGUGGUAGAGUCUCACGGACAAGCCACGUCGACCAAAAUCGCCCAAUUCAAGCCAAUGCGGCCCGGCCGCUCGCGCAGACACAUCGUACACAGCAUACAGAUCCCGAAUACCACGGGAACGAUGUCGAAAUGAGAGACGCUGAUGAUGAUGAUGAUGACGACGACGACGAGAAUGUCCAGGUCUUGGGCCAGGAUGACUCUGAAGAAGAUACGCAAACUGCUAAAAAUUAUUCGAAAUCGUCAACAAAAAGGUUACAUGAAAAGAUUGAUAUGUUAGGAAAAGCUCCUGCACCGCGUCCAUCAAAGUCGAUCCCGUCCGCGUCAUCUCUGGCCGCCAUGAGACAACUUGAAGUUGUCAAACCUGAACAAGAAAGAAGCCCCAAUGAUCGUCCAGCAAAUGAUGAUGACGAUGAUUGGAUCAAGCCCUUGACUUCGCCUGAUGCUGCAAGAUCACCUGCCACCAACACCAGAACGAAUCAUCAUGCGUAUGAAUCUGACGAGGAGGAUGACGGAGAGGAAGAGGAGUUCUACAUGCGUGCUCCAGAAUUGGUUGCCCAUGAAGAGAGGAUGAGAACACCUGUGCGGGCAUCUCCUGGCCCAGGCAGGAUCAUGCCGGGAUAUGGCCAUACAAAAUCUGCGUCAACAGCAACCCUGGCUUCACCAGCAAAGGCAGCAAUGGCUGUUCCAGUGAGUCCAGCCAAGUCAAUAUCUGUGUCUAAUCCAGCGCAGGCCACGACCACGCCACAGGGUUCGCCCAGACGGUACCUUGAUUUGAGUGCAUCGAAGUCGAAAUUGCAAUCCAUCAUGAAGACCGCCAAAGGUCUCUUCACGACCAGUGCAAGCGUCUCUGCGGCUGCGAAACUCGAAACGCUGUCUCCAAAUGCGGUGAAAGUGGCAGCACAUGCAAUGCCUGGAAUGUAUCCCAACCUCAACGCCUUGAGGGAGGAUAAACCGUUGCCACCAAGUCCUCCAAAACAAGGAAGAAGAACUCGCAGCUCGACUGAAAGGGAAAAGGAAGAGAAGCGCAAAGAUAAGGAAACGCAAUUGAAACAAAGAAUGGAUGACCAACUGGAACAAGCUCGGGAGCAGGAGCGACGGAAAAUCGCUGAACAAAAAGUCCAGCAGCAUACAGUGCACCCGAGCCGACAUGAGCAACCACCUUGCCCGAGUCCGAAGCGCCAUAUUGACGAACAUACAUUUCACGAGCCCGCCGAGCCUCAACCCACUGCAGGCAGACCUACUAGACCGAUGCGCCCUGGACGAGAGCCACCUGCGAGCAAGACAAAACCAGCACCAGUGUCGAUUCGUGUAGGAACGUUGUCGCAGCGUAUGCCGAACGGCACUUCUCAAGUGCCGCAAGACUCAUUGACUGCUGAGCCCAAAAGACCAGGGCUAACCAAGAAGGCCAGUACCGCGUCUCUGCAGUCAGCCUCGUCUACAACUUUUAAGUCAUCCGUUCACGGGCAACCUCCAAAACCGCGAGCUCUCCUCGCUGCUGAGCGGAAGAAAGAGCAGGAUGACCGCGAAGCCCAGAGAAAGCUCGAGCAGAAACGAGAGAUAGAACGGAAACGAGCAGCUCAGCAGGAAGAGGCUCGUAAGCAAGAGCAGAAACAACGAGCUGAGGCAGAGAAACGAGAGCGAGAACGCAUUGCAGCUGAGCAAGCUAAAAGACAGGCGCAACAGCAAGCCAUCGAGCGUAAACGUCAAGAGGCGGCCCGAAAGGCAGAGCAGCAGCGUUUGGAACGUGCCGCGAACGAGGCUGCUCAAUCGAGACCGCCUUCGCGACUGGCCGCUCAAAAUUCCACUCGCUCCCUGAUCAAUCACCCUCUCCCCACAAAUCCUGCUAAGCCAGCGAAGCGACCUCUGGAAGACGAGGCCAGCCGGCCUCAGGCAUCGAAGUAUGGGACAUCUGGAUUGACUCAAGGUGAUUUGAAGCGAAGAAAGACGGAGGAAGAAGAUGCGAUGGAACCAAUGUCACGACCAGUCGUAUCCGGUGCUCCAAUUCGACAGUCUCAACUCGGCAAGAAACCGUCCAUCUUCAACCACAGUGCCUACACACAAGCACAGCCAUCGAGCCAUCUCAACCAAUUUCCUCAACCUCCGUCUCGAGCGGCUCCACCGCAGAUGCAGCAAUAUGCUACGGGCGGGAGGAUUCCAUUUGCAGAUGCUGGGCCACCAGGCCCUGCCAAGACACCCAUCUCGAUGAUGCAGCAGAAGACGAUUACAACGGUCAAAUCAUCGCCUCAAUAUCCCAAUGGAGAGGCUAUCAACCUGCCUGAGAUCCCAACCGAUUCAGAGGACGAGGAUUCAGAAGACGAAGGCAAUGCCUUUCCCCUACCCGAUUGGGCCACACCGGGACAUCUCACGGAACAGCUGAUGCGCCAAGAAGGAAUGGACGGUGAUGCAGUGUUUGGACCUAUAGCACCACUGAAGAUGGAAGAGAUUUUCUCCAAGGGCAACAAAGAUCGAUUGAAACGACUCCGAGACCGCACGAGCAGCGCCAACUGGACAUUGAGCGGAGACGGUUUGACACUGGAGGAGGUGAGGGCGGAUCGAGAACAGCGAGAACGCAUGAGGCUGGAAGGCGGUUGGAAAUUCGGGCAUUGAGGCUUCUGCUUGAGACUAUAAUGAUUGAUGAAUUGUGGGAUUCUGGAUAGAGGCAAUCCACAGACAAGUUUGGCGAGGCUUGAACAGAUUUGGCCUAUGUACGGAGUACUACAGGUUGUGAUCACGGCGCAAUGGGCGCAACGCAAAAUUAUUGUCUGAUGAUACGUGCUUCCAAACCUGUUUGAUGUGUUCGAAGAUUCCUUUCAGUUGUACCAACCGCAAUUUGUCGUCAGCCGUCAUCGAUUCGAUUACCUACCCGGAAAGCG